GACCGGUCUACCUUUAAGACCGGCGCAAAUGAAUUCCCCACCGGAAAAAAGCCGAUCCCCGCCGCUAACCACUCCCGUUUGCCGUCGACCGAAAGAAGCGCAAAAUUCAGGCGAUUACAAAUUAGCAAGGGCCGGCAAGUAUUUGUGAUAGAGCCAUGCUUGGGGCCAACUGGCUGCCAAGCCCAAUCUCACGCCCUUCCUCUCCCACCCUUUUCCCCACUCCUCCCUCCUAACCGAACUCCUCCCCAGAAAUAAAUCAAUCUUCUUGUUGACCCCCGUCGUCACCCGAUUCCCCGGCAAUCUCCACCCAUCUCGCCCGAGGAGGCCGCCAAUCGCAGGCGGCGCCGCUUGCUCAACCCAUUUCCCUCGACGCCCACGGCCGUCGCGGCCCUCGCCGCUCUUUCUCUCCAUCGCCGCCUCUGCAAAGUGCAAACCACUCCGACGCAUCCGCAAGCCAUCUUCUUCGCCCCCUCUUCUCCUCCGCCUCCGCGGCAUCAACUCUCCGGCGCGGACCCGCGAGGCCACUGGGCCGCGUAGCGGAAGCGUUGACGAUACCCAAACCCGACCAACCCAGCCCGCAACGCGGCGCGCCCGAAAAGGGUAGGGACUCCCUUUCGGUUCGUGCUUUCCCUCGUCUCCUCGCUUUCCGCGGAAAAAAAGCUUUUUCUGUCCGAAAAUUCGCCGCGCGGCUUAACCCACGCGAUUCGCUCACCCCCUCGAACUCCCCGUCCUUCUGGCUCGUUCGCCGCAUCUGAUCCGUUUCUCCUCGCUGCGGAUUGAAUUGCGCGCGUGUGGCGGCGGUUGACUGGUCGUUAGGGUUGUGACUCCGGUAGGAUCGAUGGCGAGCCACGGCGCCAGUGCGGCUGCCGGAUCCGACGCCCCGCACGCUGAGGUCAUCGGUACGGGACAGACAAAUCCAUCUCCUUAUCCGCCUAUUCCUUCCGGGCAUCAUUCAUGGUCCUCUUCGACUGGGACAGCAACAGUUUCAUGGAACUAUCCAGUUGACAAACCUAGCGAAGAUACAGUUUACUAUGAUCCACAAAGGGACGUAUCAGUUUCAGGAGGUGAGCAAAAUGUUGGAAGCAGUGCGCCUCAUGCUGCCCAGUCGACUAUGGGGAUGGAAAAUGCAGCUCACUCUCAUGUGCCUUACUCAAGUUCAGUUCAACAUGGCUACAACCCUGUAGAAUAUGCCAACUAUUAUUAUAGCUACCCACAAGCUAUAAAUGAUUCUUCUGUCCAGCAAGGAGCAAACCAGCAUCCAGGUGCAGCUUAUCAGCCUCUUACUUCAUUUCAAAAUUCAGGGUCUUACAUUGGUCCGACAAGUAACACAUAUUACAAUGCUGGGGGUCAUCAGACUGUGCCAGGAUAUGAAAGCAGCAGCUACUAUUAUCAGAACAACGCAUGGAAUGGAGGAAGCUCCGGGAAUAAUUAUGCUCAGUCAUACCAAAACUACUCGUCGUCUGAUGCAAAUGCACCCCAGAGUUCCACUUCGGUGCCUGCCAAUUCUUUACCAUAUCAGCAGCAGUAUAACCAGUGGCCAUACUAUUACAAUCACUCUGUGCCGAGUGCUUCUAGCAAUCCAGUUGCUGGGAACAAUACCACAGAUAACAUAGUUGUUAACACUCCUUCUGGCUCCUCCUAUCCUAGCAGCCAGCCACCUCCACCAGGCACUACAUCAUGGAAAAAUAAUUUAUUUGCUUCUGUUGCGCCUCCUACGCAGGCUCCAGGUGUUCCAGGACCUCAGAAUCAAUACGCCGACCAGGCAGGAAACAAGUAUAACCAGGCAGCAGGUGGCCCGUGGUCUCAAAACCAUUACGCCAACCAGGCACCGGCAUACCCUCAAGAUACUAUGAAUUUGAAUCAUGCACCACCAAGCAACCCUGAAGAUCAACAGAGAACUGUAGAUUCUAAAGGUCCAAGCUCAAAUAUUUUGUCGAUCAACCAUGUUUCUGAAAAUUUUCAACCAAACUUGCAGGGUUCCGUGACAACAGAUACUUCCAGUGAAAGAAAAAUACAGAUACCAACCAAUCCCCGAAUUGCUCCAGGUUUCUCUAUGUUGAUACCGAAGAGUGAGAAGAAAAAAUUGGGAGCUGAAUUAUCAAAGAAACCUGCCUAUGUUAGUGUUUCCAUGCCGACGAAUGACGCUAAAGCAACUCAAGUUGGUCCUGAUGCUAGAUCGAUCCCCUUUUCACUCCGUAAUUAUGCUACGAGGAACCUCAAUCGUUGCAAGGAUGAUGCCCAGAGGGCAGCCUGCCGAAGUAUAAUGGAAGAGAUCAUGAAAAAAGCUAUUGCUGAUGGAACCGUUCUUACUAAGAAUUGGGACACAGAACCACUAUUUCCUUUGCCUGAAAGAGUUGUGGGCAUGACUGAGACAAGCAGUGCAAACAAUUCAAGUCCCUUCUCGUCAACAUCUACCCCAAGGAAACAUGUGAAAAGUAGGUGGGAGCCUGUUGUAGAUGAAAAAGUUAAAAAUAAGGUGGAACAGAUAGCAAAAGGAUUGGUCAAUAAUAACAUCCACAGUACUUCGGAACCUAAAAAUAGAAUGGGUAGCAGUUGGGAUCACGGGAGGUUUCUCCAGGCUCGUCAAGCACCUUUAAACAAAGUCAAUCAGAGGCCUGUGAAGAAGCAAAAGAUCAGUAGCGAUCCAAGUCAAAUAGAAAAUGGAAAUGUUUCAAGUGACAGUGAUAAGGAGCAGGAUCUAACAAAAUAUUAUGCCAGUGCAACUGCGCUAGCAAAUUCACCUGAGGAAAAGAAACGUAGGGAGCAUAGAUCUAAGCGUUUUGAAAAGAGUCAGGAUUCAUCAUUAAAGUCAAGAAACUCUUCUGCAAAUAAAGAUGCAGUGGCUAAUAUGUGUACAAGAAGAGCUAUUUCAUCUUUACUUACUAGAACUUGCGAAGAAGGUACUAGCUUGGCUGUGGAGGAUAUGGAUUGGGAUGCGCUGACAAUCAAGGGAACGUGUCAGGAAAUUGAGAAACGAUAUCUACGCCUUACAUCAGCACCUGAUCCUUCCACGGUAAGGCCAGAAGAGGUCCUGGAGAAGGCUCUUGCAAUGGUUGAAACAUCGCAAAAGAAUUAUCUUUACAAGUGUGAUCAACUAAAAUCAAUUCGCCAAGAUCUUACAGUUCAGAGAAUCCAGAAUGAACUGACUGUCAAGGUUUACGAAACUCAUGCCCGUUUAGCAAUGCAAGCUGGUGAUUUGCCCGAAUAUAACCAGUGCCAGUCACAACUUAAGAGGCUAUAUGCAGAAGGAAUCAGGGGCUGUUAUUUUGAAUUUUCUGCUUACAAUUUGCUCUGUGUCAUGCUCCACUCUAAUAAUAAACGAGACUUGCUGUCAUCAAUGGCAAGCUUAUCAAAAGAAGCGAAACAAGAUGGAGCUGUCAAGCAUGCCCUUGCAGUUCAUGCUGCCGUUUUAUCUGGCAAUUAUGUCAUAUUUUUCAAACUAUACAAGCAGGCGCCAAAUUUGAACUCAUGCCUCAUGGAUCUAUAUGUGGAGCGGAUGCGCUUCGAAGCUAUGAAAUGCAUGUCUAAAUCAUAUCGCCCAACUGUACCUGUGGGAUAUGUUGCACAGAUUUUGGGAUUUUUUAGAACAGAUAGUGAAGAUUCUGUAAUCAGUGGGGAUGAUGGAUCAGAAGAAUGUGAAAUAUGGUUAAAAGCGCAUGGGGCUAUUCUUUCAGUAGAUAACAGUGGAGAACUGCAGAUAGACAUGAAGGCUUCUUCUGCUACACUUUACUUGCCGGAGCCAGAGAAUGCUGUUGCACAUGGUGAUGCAUCACUCGCCGUGAAUGACUUUUUGGCACGAACAUCGUAAAAGGGGUAGUAGUAGUGCUGAGCUGUGGAUGUAUUGCAUUUCUCCAGUAGAAAUAUGCAACGGGAUAGAAUGCUAAGGAGCUAGGAAGUCGGAACAAGGGAUGGUUAUCUGGUUCUGGAUUUUGCUAGUUGAUCCAGUCAUCCAGGGAUUCUCUGAUGAGCUUCUUUGAGAAGGCAAAUUCUGGAGCAGCAUUAGCCGACAAAGUGUAGAAAAUGUUGAGAAACUCGACCAAAGCUUUGAAGCAUACAUUUAUUUUUUAGGGGCACCUUUUCUGGCGCCCCUGCUGUCUGUGGACUGUAAACUAUUUCUUCUUGCACAUGACGAUGUUCUAUAGAAAUAUCAAAUUUUACUA